GAGAGAGAGAGAGAGGAAGUAAGGCUGAUCUUGCAGUAGGCGUUAUUGAUUUCGAUACUUAACGCGAACAGCAGACAUUCAUACAGUUUAUAAGAUACUCGGAUAUUCAGACACUUCUUAGCGGCGUUUGUUUGGACUUUCUCCAAAUUCGAAAUCCAUAGCUCGAGGGGGUAAAGCUGCACACAGUUUGAGUGUUGAGGGUCCAGCGGAAGUGCGCUCGGAGGAAGAGAAGGCGCUCGUCGGUGAAGCUGUAGCUCGGAGUGAGUCCAGCAUGAGUGAAGACAGACCUGAGGUGGAGCUGUUCGUGAAGGCAGGAAGUGAUGGUCAGAGCAUUGGGAACUGCCCGUUCUCUCAGCGGCUCUUCAUGGUCCUGUGGCUGAAGGGCGUGACCUUUAAUGUGACCACCGUGGACAUGAAGAGGAAGCCAGACAUUCUCAAAGAUCUGGCUCCUGGCGCUCAGCCUCCUUUCCUGCUGUACGGCACCGAGGUGAAGACGGACACCAACAAGAUCGAAGAGUUCCUGGAGGAAAACCUCUGCCCUCCAAAAUACCCUCGGCUGGCAGCUCGCAACCCUGAGUCGAACACCGCAGGUCUGGACGUGUUCUCCAAGUUCUCCGCCUACAUCAAGAACUCAAACCCGCAGAUGAACGACAAUCUGGAGAAGGGUUUACUGAAGGCCCUGAAGAAGCUGGAUGACUACCUGAGCUCUCCUCUGCCGGACGAGAUCGAUGAGAACAGCGCUGAUGAUGAUGUCACUUCCUCCCGGCCCUUCCUGGACGGUCAGGAGCUGACUCUGGCCGACUGUAACCUGCUGCCCAAGCUGCACAUCGUCAAAGUGGUGUGUCUGAAGUUUCGAGGGUUCUCCAUCCCUCGCUCGCUGACGUCUCUGUGGCGGUACCUGGACGCGGCGUAUGCCCGAGAGGAGUUCUCCUCCACCUGUCCCAGCGAUGAGGAGAUACACGUGGCCUACUCCUCCGUCGUGAAGGCGCUCAAAUAGAAGAACACACACUCACACACACACACACACACACUCCUUCCAGAUUGUCCCAGUGUUUCACUUGUAUGUUCCUCAUGAGGUCUCACUUUUCAACUAAACCUGGUCUAAAUCAUGCUGCCUUCACAUGCUCUCUGAAUUAUGGCAAAUAUGAGUUUCAUAGAAAAAGAGAGCACAUGAAUUCAAUUAUUCUGAAGGAUUUGGGCUGUGUGUGCUUUAUUAGUAGAUUUACCUGCAACAGCUUCAUUGCCUUGUCAUUAAAGUAGUAGCUUAUCUAAAUAUUAAUAAUCCUUUAAAGCAUAUUCUAUUUUUUAUACACAGCGAAAAUAGCAUGCGUUUCACCAAUAUUCCAGAAUAGAAUAGAAUAGAAUAGAAUAUCUAGGUGCAGUAAAACUAUACGGUGGGAAACUAUGUCCAUUUCAGUCUGAAAGCAACCUUAACUUGUCUACAUAAUGCUUUAGUUGUGAAUGUGGUUAUUAACAAUGGCAUCCUCAAUUCUUGACAACAAAGCACCUGAACACAACAAGCUCGUAAUCAAACUUAAGAAGUGCGCAUGAUCAUAUUUCCAAUAGCGUGUGAAGGCAGCAUUAUAGUUCAUAUUUCCUUGAAGCAGCUGAACACAUACAGUACAAUAAUCAUCAAAUGUUUCAGCUUACCAAUAGUGGGUGUUUUUCAGUGGGUUCUGGACGAGUGCAUUGCUAGCCGUUACAGACAGGAAGUUGUUGCCUCAUUCCUCCCAUUGCUGUCCCUCCCUCUCGCUCUGCCGCUCUGUAAUGACAGCUUUUUGCUCACAGCUGCUUUGGUCACGAACAUUUCAGAAACUGUUUUAAGCUGCUUUUACAUUCCAUAUAUGACGUUACAAAAUCAUGAAGAAAUCAUAAAAGUAGCCCAAAUGAAUCCUGUGUAAAGGUUUAUACUGGUUUAUAUGUGAGAAGUAAAAAUCCCAGUCGUCUCAUCUCGUAGCUAUAUGAUCCGAUGUAUUUCAAAUUUGAGUCACUAGAAUAUUCUUCCAUCUCUAAUUAUGACUGAAACUUCCACAUUGAGAAAACUCGUAUUUAUUGUCUGGGGAGAGUUAUGAAAAACAUGCACAUUUAUUGUCUUCUGAAAAAAUAGGAAACCAGUGACAGCAACAACUGCUGCCUUUUUAAGUUGAUUCGGCCUGUUUCUAAGAUGACCUUAACACAAUAUUUCUCUAUGCAGUAUCAUGCUUUAUCCCCAGUCCUCUCCCGUGCACUUCUGUUCUCACUUCCUCUGAAACACUGGUCCUUUCCAGAUCUCUCUCUCACUCAGAUGGACAACACAACAUCAGGCCAGAUAUUGAUUAGUUAGGAUUUUAUUGAUUAGAGGGAUGUUACAACAAAGUCACUUUCUUCCUGCAUUUCUAACAUUGUUAUUCAGCAAUACAGUUUAUAAUAAAGUUCAAAUAAAAAUAAA